GACGACGGUACGACGGUGCGACGACUGGGCGGCCAGCGUGCGGCCAGCGACGACGAGUACGACUACUACUACUUCCACUACCACCAGCGGAGCAGCUGCAGCAGCAGCGCAGUUAUGUACGCGUACGGUUCCGAGAUCACGUAGUGUCGGGCGUGUAAUUAUGUUGUCAUCGUCGCGCGGCGCGCCCUGCGUAGCUUCACGGUGAAAAUCUGGCGUGAACGGUUCCGCGGUGGAACGGGGAAUAUGGCGUCGGUCUCGGCCGAGACUCCAGCCAGCCAUGGGCACAGCUUCAGUAAGAAAACGUUUCACAAGCCGACGUACUGCCAUAGCUGCACGGACAUGCUCUGGGGCCUCAUACAGCAGGGGUACAUCUGCGAAGUGUGUAACUUCGUGGUGCACGACCGCUGUCUCAAGGCCGUCGUCUCUCCCUGCUCCAGCAUCGCGGCAAGCCUGAUUAAGAACCCGGUUGCACACUGUUGGUCCGAACAAGUACAUCGCAAAAGGAAAUUCUGCAACGUCUGUCGGAAGCGGUUGGAUGAUAAUCUAUCCAUACACUGUGAAAUAUGCGAGUACUUCGUGCACGUAGAAUGCCAAGACUUCGCGGUGGCAGACUGCAAGGAGAAUGCCACAUACAUACCUGGGAAGGAUCUGUCAGCAGUGAAGCACACUCAUCAUUGGCGGGAAGGCAAUCUUCCGAGCAGCUCGAAAUGCGCCGUAUGCAAGAAGAGUUGUUUUACUGCCGAGUGCCUUGCCGGGUUUCGUUGCGAGUGGUGCGGCAUGACGUUGCACGCGUAUUGUUACAAGAAUAUCCCCCAAGAAUGCACCUUUGGUAACUUGGAACCAAUUUACCUGCCGCCACACGCAGUUAGUAUUCCGCGUACCGAAGUUCCCAUGGAAGCCAUCAUUGGAGUAGAAGUGCGUCGUAAAGAAGUGCUGGCGCGUGAGUAUUCUUGCCAACACAUCGGAGAGCAAUUCGAUUUCGCUGAGAGUGAACAAAACGGGGCUGCAGGCCGCCUAGCCGAAGCUUUGAGGCGCCUUUCGCUAGUUUUGCCACGUAGCUGCCAUGGAAAUUGUCAUGCUUCCCCUCCUUAUGUUCGAGCGCGGAGCAUAUCAGAGGAAUUUGGUAGCGAUCCAAGGUAUCGUGACAAUGGAGAACCGACACAGGGCGCAGCGCAUGGCCGUGAUCCGCGUUCUCCUAAAGAGAAAGAAGAUAAAGAAAGAGGUGACGAAGAGAUGAUUAAGGUGUACGAUGGCAACAAUUCCUUGAGGCGAAGAAUAUUUCGGGUAAUUUCGGUACCCAGGCAGGCUACGACAGAGCAGGUUCUCACAUCGGCACUGCGCGCAUUUCACAUCACGAAAGAUCCUAGUAACUUUUACUUAACUGACCUGUAUGCCGCGGAGGAAACUGAGUUAGGUGACCCAACGCCUGUUUUAAAUUUAAAUCGUAAAGAAGGCAAACGUCCCGCUGUGUUCUUGCGAUUUAAAGAUAACGACAGCGGAGAGGUACGGGUUUAUCCCGGCAGAUUGCAGGUAUCAGAGUCAUUCUGUAUAGUACCUGUCACCGAAGCAACAACCGUCGCAGACUUAAUAAACGAGGCACUGGAAAAGUUCGGCUUACAAAAUUUUAAUUGUGAUGACUUUAGGUGCAGUGAAAUUCUUUUAGACCGUGGUGUAACGGAAAGAGUUUUGUCUUGGGAUGAAAAACCCUGGGACAUCGUUAAAAUGCUGGGAAAAGAUUCUAUUAGACAAAUGGAACUGAUGCGAUUCUAUCUACAACUAAAGCAAGAUCCCCAUGGACCUAAUUUGGCAUUAUUCGUGGGCAACCUACCGCAAAAUCUUUCCGAAAGAAAUUAUGAAAACAUGCUAACGGAACAUUUAGGAAAAGAAAAUAUGUUUUCAUCAAUCGGCCCAAUUUAUUACGAAUAUGGUUCAGUGGUUAUCAUAUACGAGGAUUUGGAUACAGCGGUUAGAGCAUUAUAUACGUUGCGAGAAAAAAAAUGUGAAGACAAACUCCUUUUAGUAAUGAUUCUACCAAGUAUCGAGCCAAGUAUGGUACCAACGGGCGUCCAACCACUGCUCGUGUUUGUAAAUGUAAAAUCUGGUGGUUGCCAAGGACUCCAGCUAAUUUCUAGUUUUCGUAAACUAUUAAAUCCUUAUCAAGUGUUCGAUCUUGAUAAUGGCGGACCUCUCCCAGGACUUUACGUUUUUCGUCACAUAAAGGACUACAAGAUAUUAGUUUGUGGUGGUGAUGGAACGAUAGGUUGGGUAUUACAAUGUUUAGAUAAUGUGGGUCAGGAUAGCCAAUGUUCUUCUCCCGCUUGUGCUAUUGUACCUUUGGGAACGGGAAACGACCUUGCUCGUGUAUUAUGUUGGGGUUCAGGCUACACGGGUGACGAAGAUCCACUAAACUUGCUGCGAGACGUUAUCGAUGCGGAAGAAAUAAUAUUGGACAGAUGGACCGUAGUUUUUCAUCCGGAAGAAAAGGAGCAAACUCAAGUGGUUUGUAACGCUGCAGCUUCUCAGCAAGUAGCAUCGCGCCAUUUGCAUAUUACUACAGGCGCUGGUACUAGCGAAGACAAUACGCAAAUAUAUGUGAUGAAUAAUUAUUUUGGCAUUGGCGUCGAUGCGGAUUUGUGUCUGGACUUUCAUAAUGCGAGGGAGGAAAAUCCUAACAAGUUCAAAAGCAGAUUACGAAAUAAGGGCGUGUACGUAACGAUGGGUCUGCGUAAAAUGGUCAGGCGUAAACCGUGCAAAGAUUUACAUAAAGAAAUUCGAUUAGAAGUGGACGGUAAAUUGGUCGAGUUACCGCAAGUGGAAGGAAUAAUAAUUCUGAACAUUUUAAGUUGGGGUUCUGGUGCUAAUCCUUGGGGACCAGAUACCAAAGAAGAUCAAUUUUAUACACCGAAUCAUUGGGACGGCAUGUUGGAGGUUGUCGGAGUCACAGGCGUUAUGCAUCUUGGACAGAUACAGUCGGGUUUACGUACGGCUAUGAGAAUAGCGCAGGGUGGACACAUAAAAAUUCACUUAAACUCAGAUAUACCUGUACAAGUAGACGGUGAACCGUGGGUUCAGAGUCCCGGAGACAUUGUGGUCUUGAAAUCUGCUCUCAAGGCCACGAUGCUGAAGAAGACUAAGGGUAAAAUGAAGCGGCGUAACACGGAAUCCAGCAUGCAGUUGGCGCUUCAGGCCGCACCGUCGAACGAUCCGGACGAAGACAUCUUCUGAGUGAACAAACAUUAUGUGAAAGUGAUCGGACACGUCGCGCGGUAACGCAAGGCACGUAGCCACGUUAGAGAACGUUUGUGAUCGACUAGCGUACGUAACAAAACCAAAAAUCGGCCUCGAAAUCGUCCGACUAACUUAAUCGACGAACUUAACAUAAGUACUUACAACGCGAAGAGGAGGAGAGAAACAAAAGUACACUCGUGGACGGGCGAGAGGGGACGGGUAGAUAAGGUUUUCAGAUACACCGGACACAACAUAUAUACAGCAUAAAAAAAAUCCAUUAUCCACUCAAUGAUUCUUAAUGUUUGUUCUUACAUUAAUAGAGGAUGAAACUAGAUCUCAUUUUUAAAUGUUAAAUAAUUCUAGCACCGUACGUAGCUCUUAUCGAUCGAUAUUUUUUUAGUAAAAUUAUAAUAGAUUUUAAACACACAAUGACACACACCGCGCGCGCGCACGCGCGCACACACACACACACACACACACACACAAAUCAACCAGUAUCGGAGGAAGUUGAAACGCGCUUACGGCGUGCUUACGUGACGACCGUUGAUUUCCAUUUACGUUCCAAGCUUGGUAGUCUUCGAGGAAGAGGGAGAGAGAUCAUAAUUGUGUAUUACGUUUCGUAUGGUAUUCUACCGAUCCUAUGCAGUAUUAUAUCGUAUAUUACGAUACGAAACUUGUAUCGCGCACGAUAUAAAACCACAAACAAGGUCAGUUGUUAAUAAUACAUUAUAUAUAUAUAGAGAAUAUUUAUGAUUAUAAAUAUUAAUAUAUUUACAUAAUAUUGUAUUAGUAUUACGGUAUUAAGUUGUGAUAAUUGUUAUGUAUGUCUGACUGCUGGGCAGUCUGGAAUUCGCUGAAAACCAGUGGCAGUCAGUUUUUUUCUAGGAUACAG